UUUUCCCCAGUUUCAUUUGAUUUUAAUAUUGGAAAUUCCAGGUUUCAAUAAAAGUUGCGCGCCAAACGCAAGAUCGCAAUGGAAUAUCACCUGCUAAAUCAGGCGCGGGGGGCGAUUGGCGUCGGCGACAACGACUCAGUGGGAUGAAGGGGCGUUGGGGCCGUAGGGCCGGCGGGAUAAUGAAUCGAAAUUGGAGCCGGUGUCGUUCCGUUCGGGCGAUGGUAUCCCCGCGAUCUCCGUGCAUACAAAGCCACCGCCACAACAACAACGGCUCCAGCAACAGCACAAGCCACGACAACACUGAUGUUGCCUUGCCCCAGACCUGUCGUGCUCUUCGACGUGGAGUCCUUCACUUUGGAGCAUCGUCAUCGCUCCAAACACAACCCCACGCCCCCGUCUUGACUCGCUGGCACUGACUGUCGCGUGGUGCCUGGCACUUCCCCAGUUGACACAUGCGUCCACUCGGGUUUGUCCCAUGCCCUGCACAAACCGGCCCCGCGGUCAUGCAAUAUGUCGCGUCGCCUUCGACACUCACUUCGAUGCACCGUCUCUCAUCCCUGUGUGGUGAAGCUGUCGGGAUCGUGUCUGGUGUUGACGGUGUUGGACGAGCGGUGGUCGUGACGAAUUCGCGACGAAAAUGGGCGACAAACUCGUCGAAGGCCAGGUCGUCCACGCCGUGGCACGUCCGCGAAAGUGUGCGCGUAAUGUUUUCAAACACAACCUGGCACGGAAUCGAGUUGCGGAAGGCGGUAGUUUGAUCUUGUGUUGGCACAGUCGCACCGAAAAAGGCGUCGAGCACAUUGAUGCCGACGGCUUUGGUGCAAGCACGGACGCUGGCGUCAUUCAGGGACAAGGGCUUCAGAGCCACAAGUACGUCUUGGCGACUACAGUCUGUGCCGAGGUCAGCGCAGGUCAUCGACAGCGCGGCGACAGCUGCGGCUCGACAGCUGAGAGAGGCAACCAUUGAAGGCGGAAUGGCAGCGACAACCAAGUCCCGACUCAGAAGUCCAAUUUCAUCCGCGCUCGCCUCGACCUGGCCACCUGUCGGCAUCCCCCAGUCAUGAACCCGUGUGCACUGUUGAGUGUGCUUGCCACCCACCCGCAUCCAGAAACACUCUGUGGAGACUGUAGUCGCGGACCGUCCCGUGGGCUGUGGCAACUUCAUGGACGGCGUCCGUGAGAAGUGCAGUCUUGGGUCACCUGACCAAAGCAGACUCUUUUGUGAUAGGCACCGCCAGUUUAUCCGUCCAUGUGUGGCUUUCUCUGUUGGCUCCUCUUGUACGGAAGCGGCAUCCAAGUCCCUACUCCUGGGUUGGAGGGAGACGUAAGAGCCACCAACGUCGGCGUGGUCAAGUGGUCAAAGUUGGCGCUCUACUGGAACAGCAAAUGUCGCAAUGACGGCAAUCUGCGGUGGGGGUGGAGGAAGCACCCGUGGUCCCAUCUGAGCCUGGCAAAAGCCAUCUAUGAUGGAACUGGGCGAGAGCAUGAAGAAGGCCACCCGUCUGUGUGUCAACUACUACCAUCCAAGUCGCAAGAAUGAAUCGUCCCGGCAAAGCCAUCGUCACGAAAUCCUCAUCCAAACGUGCGUUCAAGGCGACGACUCGACUUGCGCUCAAAUGCCCGUCCGUUCUUCCCCUUUCACCAUCGCUCGUUGUCCCAAGCUAGCGGAUAUAUAUAGCCCCCGCCGCUCUCAUGACUGGUAUCCUUCCACGGCGACGCUUUGUUUUGUUCUUUAACAAGUGGGCCACCAACACACACAAUCUUCUCCGUUGAGAUGGGCCUCCAAGACCGUGUAAAACAACCCGUCAAGCCAUCGGCGCCCUCGUUGUCGGCCAGGAAGCAGCUGCGGCAGCGCACGCUGACGAACCAAGAGUUCGAGCAGCUUCGCAUGGACCUGGAGGACAUCUUGCAAGAAUUUGAGCCGGACAACGCAGAUACGGCGACGGCCCUCCUCAAGCAGUACGAAGGCCUCGAGGUUGAGCUCGUAGAGUGCUAUCGAUACUACUACACCAAGGACGGUCGCCCGCUCGAGCUCAUCGUGGACGCCGUUGAAGACACGGCGCUGUGCCAGGCGGCCAAGACGACUAUGGACAACAACCAAGUGGGUAGCGGGGGGCACAGUCUUGCCCAGUCAUUUCGAAAACGGCUGUCGUUGCCUAAGCCAGCGAUCGCCACGUACUUGAACGCAAAGUUAAUCGCCAAGUUCCGGAAGGCCCAAGGAAAGCCAACGGGGUCCAAAAUGGAAGGCAUUCGGGGGCCGGAAGUCGCGAGGAAGCCGCCAUCUCCCAAAGUUAAGCCGCAUCAACGCUUCCUCAUGGCUCAGCCGACCAAAGCCAUGGCUACGCUCAUCAACCGAGUUCGAGGAAACAGCGUUGGAGGCAGCUCUACCAAAGAUGAUGCCUUGAACCCGUUUGAAGUGAAGCCACGAAGUCGCAGUGAUGCAGGUCGGCGAGGCAGCGGGAUCGCCGCAGCGUCGGCCUCCCCCAUGGAAGUGCGAUGUCUUGACACGGGCGAAGCUCUGCGUGCAGACUACGUGAACCAACAAGUCUUGGAGCACAAGAAGGAGCUGUCGAAGCCAGGCGCGAAAAAAACGUUUCGAGACAAAGUGAUUGUGUUUUUGCAAAAGUACGACAUCGCGGCCGUCGACAGCGUCGACGAGCUGCUGGCGUUUGGUGGCAAGACGAACGAAGAAAUUUGGGAUGACCUCCAGAUCACGUACAAGGUGAACCAACGGUCCAGGUUGCUCCAGCUCUUCCAAAAGUAUGACCCCGACCGCGUCCCGACAGUCGACAUUCUGCUUGAAGACUAUGCAGGCCACAUCGAAGACAUGAUUGCGUACUACAAGGGCCGGUAUGCCGACCAGCGCCGCGCCGAUCUCAUCCGGAAUGACCCGUGCACUUGGAAUCCUGGCCAAGCCAACACGUACCAGCUUCUUCCUGGCGGGCAAUGAGUGCCUGUCGCUGCUGCCAUGUUUCACAUUGUCCAUGGUUCGCGACGACCGACUGUGCUGUCGCUGACCAGAGCGAUCGAUGGUAUCAAUCAGUAGCCGGCGUGGUGGGGAUAAAAUUUGAAAUUUGGAUUUGAAGCGUUUGUGGAAUUGGCGUGUGCAAGUCAAGGACAGCACCACGUUGCACGGCUUCCAUUGCGUCGGGACAAGAUCGAACUAGUCUUGGACGUCGUCGACGAGCAUGGCCUCGCGCCGGCUCGACGGCAACUCGAUCGAGUCGAGGAGGUGUCUGAAAAUGCACAGGAUUCUGUCGAGCCCAACGAGGACACCCGUGUCGACUUUGCCUUGAUCGAACUGGACGUGUGCAAAAUCGAUGAACCGGACGUCGACGCUGGCGGCGUUGCUGGCGUCGUACACAAACAAGAGAGAGCUCGCGAUGAAUUGGAACUCGGUUUGGGUCGCGAUCCAUGCUCGAAUCCGUUUGAUCUUUCGUAGAAACUGCGCAUGCUCCGGCGUGAGUCGUGUUUGAGUAGGGGAAACGUACUUGAACCACGCGGUCGGCGCGGGCUGCAAUUUGAAGGUGCUUCGAACGUGCUUCGUGGUGGCCGUUCUCGAAGUAUCGCGCAAAACUGUCUUCGAUGGCGUCCUCCGUCGUCAACGCGCGAAAGUAGUGCUUGUCGUAGUCGUGGAAUUGCCCCGUUGUGUCCCAGUACACUUUAAUGCCUUGCAGGCGAAAGCCCAUGAUCGCUUGCAGCGGACACUUGGCUGCUUCUAAAUCGAUCUUUGCCGGGGUUGCAGUCGGGUCGUACGAGUGCGUGCCAAUUUUGACGUCCAUGAUGCAGGGUUGCGUCAUGCCGCUUAAGAGGUCCUCAAGCUGCAGGUAUCGUCGAAGUUCUUGAGACGAAGGAAGCUCGACGACGCCGUAGAACACAGGGAAGUACGGCAAGCUUCUGGAUGCAAUGCGCUCGUAGAACGCGAGCUCGGUUUCACCUCGGUUCUUUGUCUGGAACGGCUUGAGUACCCUGCCUUGGUAUACUUUCAAGCUCGUCUUGUCGCACGAGUGGCCGCCAACUUGGUGCGGCAUGUCCUCAAGCACAUGCGUCCGCGUGUGGUGUUGGCGCUUCCAUGCGCGAUAAAGCAAAAUACCACCACCAGUCGUCGCAAUCGCCACCACGACGAUCGCGGCAGCGGAGUGUCGCGUCAUCGCACACCACACACACACCACCUUGACAUG